AUGACUGAAAUGAAAAGUAUUAUUUCUAAUGGCCUAUGUUUAAAUGGUAAAAUUUACAAUUUUUUUAUAAGCCAAAUAAUUUGUGAUGCUCCAGCAAAGGCAUUCAUGUUAAAUGUUAAAUCUUUUAAUGCCUAUCAUAGUUGUAAUUAUUGUAUUGAAGAAGGCACGUUUAUUAAUGGUCGGAUGUCAUUUUUAGGAGUAUCCUCUCCUUUAAGAACUGAUGAUUCAUUUAGGUCAAAAGAAGAUGAGGAUUACCAUAAAGGAUCUAGUCCUUUAGAAGGUUUUCCAAUUAAUAUAGUAUCAACUGUUGUUCUAGACUAUAUGCAUUGUGUCUGUCUUGGGGUCAUGAAACGUUUACUUACUUUUUGGGUAAAAGGAAAAAAACCUAUUAGGUUUAAAAGUCCUGAAAUAGUGUCUGAUAUUUCUUCACAACUGAUUGACAUGAAACCAUACUUUCCUUCAGAGUUUAAUAGAUUACCGCGAAGUUUGGAUGAAUUAGAAUUUUUUAAAGCUACAGAAUUCAGGACCUUUCUUUUGUAUACAUCUUUAAUUGUAUUAAAAGGAAGAUUAGCAAAACCAUUUUUUCAACAUUUUAUGUUAUUUCAUUGUGCCAUAAAAAUUUUAAUAAGUAAUGAUUUGUAUAUCACACAUAAUACUAUAGCCAAAAAUUUACUUAUUUCAUUUGUCUCUCAAUAUCCUACCUUAUACGGUUAUGAAUAUGUUACAUAUAAUGUACAUGGAUUAAUUCAUUUGGCUGACUUCGCACUUCAACAUGGUCCUCUCGAAAAGUUUAGUGCAUUUAAAUAUGAAAACUAUUUACAAAUUAUGAAAAAAACUGUUAAAAAUGCCAGGUAUCCACUACAAGAUGUAUACAAUAGAGUAGUUGAAUUUCAAAACGUUCAAAUUAAAAUUGCCCCAAAUUAUCCUAUACUGAAUAACGAAAUAGACUAUGACCAUAGACUAUACUACAGAGAUCCUACAGUAACUUUAUAUGAGCAAGUUAUUCUUGAUAAAUUUGUUGUCAGUACAAAUAAUAUUCGUAAUAAAUAUUUUAUUUUAGAUAACAACGAAAUUGUACAAAUUCAAAAAAUUGGUAAACGCCAAGAUGGCUCCAUUUUUCUAGAAGUUAUAAAAUACAAUAAUUUAACUAUAAUGUUUGAAACACCAAUUUUAUCUACUGUUGUAGGCUCAUUUUAUGUCGACCUUACAUCUGUAUCAAAUUCUUUUUAUAUAAAUUUAAUAAACUUAAAACAUAAAUGCAUUUUUAUACCUAUAUCUGAUACAAAGGCAGUUGCCUUAUUAGUAUUACACACAUAG